GGCUUCCUCUCCUUUUGAACACAGGUUACACAAUGGUACACGAAAUGUAAACAAUCAAAUCAUCCCAACAUCUGAUUAUCAUAAUUUUUUUUUUUUGAAAAACAAAACAAAAUUUAUCUCUUUGAUGACAUUGACGAGCUUCAUUCUAUGUAUCUCUGUCUUCUCAGUUUCUUCUAAUUUUCAUAAAGUUAUAUUGAAACCAUUCAAAUUCCCACAAGAUAACCUCUCUAUUCUGCAUUCCAGAAAAUAAUAGGGGCAAGUAAAUGCCAAAUAGGAGUAACUGCUAACUGAGAUGUUUUUGAACCAAUGGCAAACAAUAGUAGUGAUACAGAAGCAAAGAAAGUAGGAACAUUGGUUGAGUGGUUAAACAGCAUUGUUCCUAACUUGAAUCUGCCAAUAAAAGCUUCAGAAGAGGAACUGAGAGCCAACUUGAUUGAUGGAACUGUUUUAUGUCAAAUUUUGAUGAGGCUCCAACCUGGUUCUGUUAAUAAGGAAGGUUACUCUGAAAACUCAUCAGCGUCACAAUUUGAAAAUGUUAAAAGAUUUCUAACAGCUUUGGACGAUCUAGAAAUACCCAGAUUUGAAAUUUCUGAUCUAGAGAAGGUAUCCAUCUCUUUCCAUGAACUAGGAACUCUUGAACAUGGAUCUCUUAAGACUAUUGUGGACUGUCUUCUAAAUCUAAAAGCAAAGUUCAUGCCUUCUGGAGAAAAUUCUUCCACCAUUAGCACACAUACUAAAUCAGGAAGCCUUCAUCAUGAUGCAUCUUCUCAUGGCUCCCUCUCACCCCUUGUAGAAGAAAAGCGGAGGACUUCAUCUGAGUCAAAAUUUCAACGUACUUUGUGCAGUCCCGUGUUGUCAGAGCCACCACCUGGAGUUGUACUAUACCAUGGUGGACACAAGUUCCAUGAGGUUUUUCAAUUGAAACAAGGGCACUAUGCAGAUCUCCCUGCUACAAAGAUUUCAGAGAUGAUGAAAUCCAAUAGUUUAGACAAUGCUCCAACUCAAUCACUGCUAACUGUUGUGAAUGGAAUUCUGGAUGAAAGUGUCGAAAGAAAGAAUGGUGAAAUUCCACAUCGUGUAGCUUGUCUACUGAGAAAAGUGGUACAGGAGAUUGAACGACGUAUAUCAACCCAAGCAGAGCACUUAAGAACACAAAACAAUCUUUUUAAGGCUCGUGAGGAAAAAUAUCAAUCAAGAAUCAGAGUGCUUGAGGCCCUAGCAGCUGGGACUGGAGAGGAGCCUAAGAUUGUCGUGGAUCAGCUUCAGCCAAUAAAGAUUGAGAAGCCCCAUAUAGAUGAAAAGGAGAAAGAAGAACAGGAAGAAAAACAAAAAGUUCAAGAGGAUGUUAUAAGGUUAAUGAAAGAAAGAGACAAGAGCAAUCUUGAAAUCACAGCACUAAAGCAACAAAUCACAGCACUGAAGCAAGAGUUAGAAAUGGCAAAAAGGACAUACGAAUUGCACUGCUUGGAAAUGGAAAACAAAACUAAUGGUUCCAAAGUGGGUCUUGAGGAAAGGGUUAAAGAGCUUGAACACCUUUUGUUGGAAAUGGAAGGAAAAGCUAUAGGUUCCAAGAUAGGGCUAGGGGAGAAGGUAAAUGAGCUUGAGCACUUAUUGGCUAAUUCAACCAGCAAAACAAAAGAGCUUGAGCAACUCUUGGUUGAUUCAAGCACUCGGAUGAAAGAGAUUGAAAUAACUUCUGAGUCAAAAUGUAAGACAUGGGGCAAGAAAGAGAACAUGUAUUAUAUGUUUAUGGAUUUUCAAUUUGGUGCGUUACAGGAGUUAAGGUUUACUUCUGAUUCCAUCAAGAAAGAAAUUCUACAAACUCAAAAGAGCUAUUCAGAGGAGUUUAAUCACUUAGGACAAAAGCUUAAAGCAUUAGCAAAUGCAGCUGAGAACUAUGAUGCGGUUCUUGCUGAAAAUCGAAAGUUCUUUAAUGAGAUUCAAGAUUUAAAAGGAAACAUCAGAGUAUAUUGUAGGGUAAGGCCAUUUUUGCCUGGACAAGCUGGGAAAAAUACUAUAGUGGAAUCUGUUGGUGAAAAUGGGGAGUUAACUAUUGCAAAUCCCUCUAAGCCAGGGAAAGAUGCCCAAAGAUCCUUUCGGUUCAAUAAGGUGUUCGAUCUAGCUGCUACUCAAGCAAAUGUAUAUGCCGAUAUCCAACCCUUUGUUCGAUCUGUAGUUGAUGGUUAUAACGUGUGCAUAUUUGCUUAUGGUCAAACUGGUUCAGGAAAGACCUACACUAUGAUUGGCCCUAAUAGAGCAUCUGGAGAGGAUUGGGGAGUUAAUUACCGUGCUUUAUCUGAUCUCUUCAAGAUAUCUCAAAAUAGAAAAAGUUCCUUUUUGUAUGAAAUUGGGGUACAAAUGGUUGAAAUAUACAACGAGCAAGUGCGUGAUUUGUUGGCAGCUGUACCUGAUGCUAUCAUGCACACAGUCACAUCAACUUCGGAUGUUUUGGAUAUAAUGGAUAUUGGACUAAACAACAGGGCUGUUAGUUCUACAGCCAUGAAUGAAAGAAGUAGCCGCUCUCACAGCAUUGUCACUAUUCAUGUUCGUGGGAAGGAUUUGAAGACUGGUGCUCUUUUGUAUGGCAAUCUCCAUUUGGUAGAUCUUGCAGGAAGUGAAAGGGUAGAUCGAUCUGAGGUGACUGGCAUGGAGCUUAAAGAAGCACAACACAUAAACAAAUCACUUGCUGCCCUUGGAGAUGUAAUUUUUGCUCUUUCACAAAAGAGUUCUCAUGUGCCUUAUAGAAACAGCAAGUUGACUCAAGUACUUCAAAGCUCUCUUGGUGGUCAAGCAAAGACCCUUAUGUUUGUGCAGCUAAAUCCUGAUGCCACUUCAUAUUCUGAAAGUAUGAGUACAUUGAAGUUUGCAGAAAGGGUCUCUGGAGUAGAGCUAGGUGCUGCAAAAAGUAGCAAAGAUGGGAGGGAUGUUCGCGAACUAAUGGGGCAGGUGUCAUCUCUCAAAGAUACAAUAGCAAGAAAAGAUGAUGAGAUUGAGAGGUUGCAAUUACUUAAAAAUCUCAAAAAUGUUCACUCUGGUGUCAAUAAUGAGGGGCAAAGAACAGGGUUGUCGAGACAUGCAUUAUCCUCAUCAAGAGGCAUACAAUUAAGUGUGAAAGGCUCAGGUUUGGAUCUUGAUAACUGUUCAGAGUAUAGUGAUAAGCGUUCUGAAGCUGAUUCUCAACAGUCUAUGGAUGAUGAAAGGUUAAGUGACAUAUCUGAUGGUGGUGUUUCUGUGGGAACAGAACCUGAUGGCUUUACUGACAAUGUUUAUUCUCCUAGAGGCACGAAGCUAUCGGAUAAUUUGGACAAAUCUAAAUCAAUGCCUAGGAGUCCUCGACUCUUGCAGAAACCAGGGCAUAUUGCAACAACAUCAAAGGACUCCUUGGGGAAAUCACCAAGUGUUAAAAGGAGUGUAAGCUCCUCCUCACUCAAACCAACUAAACGAUGGGGGUAAACAUGAUGAUAGUAGUUGCUAUUUUAUUACUUGUCAUUCUUUUCAUCUCUCCUAUAUUAUGACUAUGUUGCAAUUUUCUUGUGCUCUUCUUAAGUUUAGGCUUUGCCCUUCUACGUAGUGGUCUCAUAGCAGGAAGAUUUGAAUAAAUUGGAAUUUGAUAC